AUGGCGACAAAUAAAUCAUCAUCAUCAUCUCAUCAUUCUUAUCAAAUAGCUUCUCCUAUAAAGUCUUCAAAAUUAGUUAGUAAAAGUUCUGAAUCUUUAUCAAAUAUUGAACAUCAAUCUCCAAAACAAUCAAAUAAAACAACUAAAAUGAAAAAAUCUCAAACAGCUUUAAAUGGUUUUGAAACAAAACCUAUUCAAACACCACAAACUUCACUUAAUUCAACAUCUGUAUUACGUCGUCGUUUUAGUCUUUUUCGUAUUAAACGUUCACAACAACAAUCAUCCAUUAAUGAUCUAUCAAAUGAAAAUUCAAAUGUUCAAGCUCUUCAACAAAUCAUUGAUCAAUUGAGACAUGAUUUAAAAAUCAAAACUGAUGAACUCGAAACAAUGCGACAACAUAUUGAAAAAAAACGUACUAGUAUAUCUACACCAUCAAAUGAAUCUAUUGAACAAGCUAUGCAAUUACAAACAAUGUUAAAUGCUCGACUUGAAGAGAUGCUCAUUGAAAAUGAUUUAUUAAAAAAAAGUAUUCAAGAACUUGAAAUAUUUGCUCAACAACAAAGAUGUAAGUAA